UUUCGCAGAGAACUCUGUAGUGUGGACGAAGCAGUUGAGAGCCUUGGACAUGCGGGCACGCAUAGAGGGAGGCAUCGUGUACUCACCAUAUACCUUCACUCCACGAGCGGAAAAUCAAACCUUCGGAGGCUUUCUCUCGGAAACGCUGACAGCGUGCGAGUCGAAGACAGCUUUGAUGUGCGGAGAAGACAGAGUAAGUUACAGCAACCUGCGAGAAAAAGUGUGCCGUUGCACAGCAGGAUUUCGCCGCCAGGGCGUUGGCAAAGGUGAUCGGGUCUAUGUUCACUUCACCAACUCCAUAGAAACCUUCGUCGCUGUGUGCAGCCUCCCACUCACGGGGGCUUCACUUGUAUCAUCGGACAUCAUGUGGCGAGAAGAUGACAUUGUGGACAAGAUAGAGAGGGCUGGCGCUACUGCCGUACUCACCGAUGGGGAUCACGUCGAAAUGUUUGCUCGAAUUCUUAGCCGCUGCAAUGUCAAGAAGGCAUUUGUUGUAGGUGAGAAAAGAUCUGGCUUCAAGGACGUUUCUGAAUUCAGCCAAAAGAAUGAGUUACUGGAUGAUGACGAAACGUUUGACUCGGGAGACUGCACAUUCGUGAAGUGGACUACGGGCACAACGGGUGCCCCUAAAGGUGUCGAAUAUAGUGAAGAACGCUUCGUCAGGAUGAUUUAUUCUGUUGCCGCUAGCUGGAGUGCUCUCUCCGGCUGAUGUCUUGCUCGGUGACAUGGCUAUUUGCUGUCUCCCGGUGUUCAGCAUGUGGCUUCUUGCCCUCCAUAUUGGAUGUACCGUUGCGAUCAGCAAGACGUGUCACGCCGUACCUCUAGACGUUUUUGGCAUAAUAAAGGACUGCAAGACUGUGGCAAUGCUUGAAGUUCCUUCGAGACUAAAACGGAUACUAGAAUUUAUGAAAACAUCUCAAGACUGGGACGCUCUCCUUAGAAAGAAAGUCAAAAGGAUUACCAUGAUUGCCUUCCUGCCACCACCAGGCUUGGCAGAAGAGCUGACAACCACCUUCCAGUUGGAGGAGCUUCGCAACAGCUACGGAAUGAGUGAAGCAGGAGGAUGUAUGACCUUGCCCCCGAGAGGAGAAAUCUCUUGCAAUAGCGUUGGUUUUCCAAUAGCUGGCGCCAGAAUGAAGAUAAUCGACCCAGACAAGAACAAGCUACUCGGACCCAUGCAGUGCGGAGAAUUGCUCUUUGAUACACCAUGCGCCGCAAUUGGGUACUGUGGGCAUCUUGACCCUACGGCUGCCAUCACCGAUGAAGAAGGGUGGAUACACACGGGAGAUGUUGCUUACUACGACCACAAUGGCAGACUGUUUUUAUGUGGCCGCCUCAAGACAAUGAUGGUGUGCCAGAGAAGAAAAGUAUUUCCGUGUAACAUAGAACACUGCCUAAUGGAACAUGCUGCCGUGAAAGAGGUAGUCGUAAUCGGCGUCCCCACUCCGCAUGGCGACGAGUUGCCGGCGGCCGUGAUUGUCACAAGGCCGGGAUGUUUGCAAUGACCGUCACCUCGCCGACGACCUGAAGCGUCAUGUGGCUGAAAGAAAGCCCUCCUGUAUGCACCUCCAUGGUGGAGUGUACUUCGUCGACGCCCUACCGAAGAACUCCCUCGGAAAAGACAAAUCAGCCUCACUUCAACAGCUUCUUGGAACGCUGCUCAGAAUGGACCACGCUGACGAGCAUGCUUCUGGCAAUUUAGUGUACUAGACGUGGACUGCAAGCGGAACCCACUCGUUGGCCUCAUCAAUGGUGUCGUCUUGAACUUCGUUGGUCAACCUGACUACUCUGUACGCUCACAUAUGUCGGUAAUCACAUGGUAUGAGAGUGAGAAAAAAGAUUGGGCUAUUGUGUUUACAACAGCAGCAC